AUGUCUCAGUGGAACUUGGAUGUUGGACCCUUGCUGCGCUACGACACUGUCGACGCGAACGGCGUGUACCAUGCCUUUGCCUUGAUUGUGACCGACCAUGCCUCGCCGAGCGAGCAGGUUUCAGCCCCCGUGCUGAGGUACACCCCCCUGCUGGCCGACGAGCAGGGUCCGCAAGUCAGCGGCCAAACGAUGCAGAGCCAGGCCGCGCAGAUCUGGGCGUAUGCGGACGAGUCCGGCCGCCUGCACCGUUUCUGGCGCUUUAAGCUGGAGAUCCAGCUGAUUGAGUACGCGCAGGUGGUUGCGUACGACAUCCCUGGCGCUUGCGAGGCGACCCAGUUCCAUGUGCCGGCGCGCCAGGAGAACUUCCGCUGGGCCGGCCACUCGUGCAAUGGCUUCAGCAGCAGCACGCCAACUGAAGAAUGGAACGGUGCGGACCCCCUGUGGAACGACCUGCUGGCCGAGCAUGCCAAGAAGCCCUUCCACAUGUGCAUGGGUGGUGGCGACCAGCUGUACAACGACAAGAUUGCGAACGAGGAGGAGCUGACGGGAGUACUUAAUUCGGACAACAGCAAGCCCAAUAUGACGCCCGUCACGGAUGAGAUUGCGACGGCCAUCGACCGUUUCCUCUUUUUCAACUACAAAAAGUGGUUCGGCAGCGGCAGCUUCUCCAAGGCUGCGUCGCAGAUUCCCAUGGUCAACAUGCUCGACGACCACGACCUGAUCGAUGGUUUCGGUACCUACCCCGACGAUUUGAUGAAGUCCCCGGUGUUUAACCACAUUGGCAGCCGCGGCUACUUCUUCUACCUGCUCUUCCAGCAGUUUAUGAACGACGAAGCGGACAGCAUCAGCAAUUCGGACACGUCAAACCCCAACCCAUCGCCGUUCCUCUCGCUCGUGAUCGGCGGCCCUGGCGCGUUCAUCCCGUACCCGACGCACUCGCUCAUCGUGUACCUGGGCCCGAAGCAGGCCAUGCUCCUGAUCGACUGCCGUGCGCAGCGCAAGCUCAAGCAGGUUUGUGCUCCGGACACGUACAAGCGCUGCUUUGACGCGGUACGCAAGCUGCCGGCCUCGGUCGAGCACCUGAUCAUCCAGUUGGGUGUGCCGCUUGCGUAUCCCCGCAUGGUCACCCUCGAAAAGAUCCUCGAAAGCAAGUACAAUCCGAUCGUGAAGCUCGCCAAGUGGCUCCUGCCCGCUUUCACCAACAACUUUAAUGGACAGGUGGAGCUGCUUGACGACCUCAAUGACCACUGGUGUGCGGCGCACCACAAGCGCGAGCGCAACUGGCUAAUUGAGCGCACGCAGGAGCUGUCGCUCGAACGCAAGCUGCGUAUUACGUUCAUCAGCGGCGACGUGCACGCGGGUGGCUGCGGUGUAUUCUACUCGGCCCGCAGCCUGCACCCCGAGCGCGACUACCGCUACAGCCUCGCAGUGAUCACGAGUGCGAUUGUGAACGCGCCGCCGCCGGCUCCGGUCAUCACGAUGGUCAACACGCUGGCCGCCAAGAAGCACCGCAGCUUGUUCUAUGUGCAUACGCGCGAAAAGAUGCUGCCCUUGUUCAAGUACGACCUCGAGGACAAGAAGCAGCGCAACAAGUACAUUAUCGGGGCUCGCAACUGGUGCGAGGCGAACCUGAACGAGAAGGGCGAACUUGUGUUUGACUUGCACGUCGAAAAGGCUAAGGGCGCGGGCGAGACUAAGGUGUACAGCAUGACGGCACCGCCGCCUAUGUUCCAGCAGAAGCUCAAGAAGUAA